UUUUUUUAAAAGCAUUUACAUGGAUUUGUACUAACAGGGACUCAGCUUUUGGAGACGGUGAGAGGAACAGUUUGUCCAACAUUAAAACAACAUGGCCAGGAAAAAAGGGAUGAAGAGAACUUACUUUGUGGUUUUCAUGUCUUUGGCUGUAGUCUUUCUACUGGGACUUAUUCUAGAUGUGCAAAUUAGUAAAGAAGCAACAUUCUACUUAUACUUUCCAAAAUGGUGGCUAUUAAAAUCCACUACAGGAAAUAGAAUCCAACAGAAAACAAAGAUUAGAGACCAACUUGUGACAGAAAUGAAAGCAGAGAACAUUAAAGAAUUCCUUAGAGAAUUUACAAAGAAACCUCAUCUGGCAGGAACUGAACAAAACCUUCAACUCGCUAAACUCAUUCAAGCUCAGUGGAAAGAAUUUGGUCUGGAUUCAGUAGAACUGGUGCAUUAUGAUGUUCUGUUGUCGUAUCCUAAUAAAACUAAACCCAACUAUAUCUCUAUUAUUAAUGAACAUGGAAAUGAGAUAUUUAACACAUCUUUAUUUGAAGCUCCACCUAAAGGAUAUGAAGCUUUCACAGACAUUGUACCACCUUACAAUGCGUUUUCAGCCCAAGGAGAACCAGAGGGAGAUCUGGUAUAUGCAAACUAUGCUCGAACCGAAGAUUUCUUCCAUUUGGAGCGAAACAUGAAUAUGAGCUGCAAGGGAAAAAUUGUCAUAGCCAGAUAUGGAAAAAUCUUUAGAGGAAAUAAAGUAAAAAAUGCUAUGCUGUCUGGUGCCAAGGGAAUCAUCCUGUUUUCAGAUCCAGCUGAUUACAGUUCUCCUGGUGUUAAACCCUAUCCGGAUGGAUGGAACCUUCCAGGUGGUGCAGCUCAACGUGGAAACAUUCUUAACCUGAAUGGUGCGGGGGACCCUUUAACCCCUGGCUAUCCUGCAAAAGAAUUUACUUACCGAUAUGAUGCUGAUGAAGGCGUGGGACUCCCUAAUAUUACUAUUCAUCCUAUAGGAUAUCACGAUGCAGAAAAAAUACUUAAGCUCAUGGGGGGAGCACCAUCACCAGACAGCUGGAAGGGAAACCUUAAUGUUCCAUAUAACAUUGGGCCGGGAUUUGUAAACAGCUCAUUUACACAGAAGAUCAGAAUGCACGUCUACAGUUACAAUCAAGUAACAAGAAUUUAUAAUGUAAUUGGAAAACUCAGAGGUGCUGUGGAACCAGAUCGUUACAUUAUUUUGGGUGGCCAUAGAGAUUCCUGGGUAUUUGGUGGAAUUGACCCAACUACAGGUGCAGCUGCUCUACAUGAAAUUGCAAGGAGCUUUGGCAAGAAAUUGAAAGAAGGCUAUAGACCUAGAAGAACAAUUAUUUUUGCAAGCUGGGAUGCAGAAGAAUUUGGACUUUUAGGAUCCACUGAAUGGGCUGAGGAAAAUGCCAAAAUUCUUCAUGAGCGUGGUGUGGCUUAUAUUAACUCUGACUCUUCAAUAGAAGGCAACUACACAAUACGAGUUGACUGCACCCCACUUAUGUACAGGCUGGUCUACAACUUGACCAAAGAGAUUUCCAGCCCAGAUGAAGGCUUUGAAGGCAAGUCCUUAUAUCAAAGUUGGUAUGAAAAAGAUCCGUCCAAUGAAAAGAAAGAUGUCCCCAGAAUUAAUAAACUUGGAUCUGGCAGCGAUUUUGAAGCUUAUUUCCUGCGGCUGGGUAUUGCAUCUGGCAGGACACGUUACACCAAAAAUAGAAAAACAGAGAAGUACCUCAACUACCCGGUCUAUCACACAGUGUAUGAAACAUUUGAAUUAGUAGACCAGUUUUAUGAUCCCACAUUCAAGAAACAGCUUGCGGUUGCUCAGUUGAGAGCAAGCCUAGUUUAUGAAAUUGCAGACUCCACCGUUCUCCCAUUUAAUCUUCAAGACUAUGCAGAAGAGUUAAAAAAUUAUGCAGACAGAAUUUAUAACUUGGCAAAGAAACAUGAACAACAACUGGAAAAAUACAGAGUAUCAUUUGAUUCUUUGUUUUCUGCCAUUAAAAAUUUUACUGAAACGUCAGAUGAGUUCCACAGAAGAGCUGAACAGGUUGACAAGAAUGACGCACUCGCUAUCCGUAUUAUAAAUGAUCAGCUGAUGUUUGCAGAAAGGGCUUUCACUGAUCCUUUAGGUUUACCAGGAAGACCAUUUUACAGACAUGUAAUAUUUGCUCCCAGUAGCCAUAACAAGUAUGCCGGAGAAUCUUUUCCUGGGAUUUACGACGCCUUAUUUGACAUAGAAAACAAAGCUGACCAGCGCAAUGCAUGGAGAGAGGUAUCAAGACAAAUUUCAGUAGCAACAUUUACAGUGCAGGCUGCAGCAGAGACCCUCAAAGAAGUGGCAUAAAAAAAAAAUGGAAGAAGUUCUAAGAAGAAAUAUUAAAAUACACUGACAGCACAUGAAUAGUUUGUAAAAUAAACAGUGAUUAAUUAUAUAAAUGUAUCAGUGUCUUGUCAGACAGUGACAGCAGAGCUGUAAAUUGUGUAUUGUAUAAUAAAGUAUAUGACGGACAGUAUUAAUAAAACUGCUGUUUCUAUAUUACCACUGUACAUUUUUUAAAUGCCCUGUGACCAUAUUUUCUGUAGGUUUUCAUUGAAUUUUUAAAUAAAGUUUUUGAUUUGUA